CCAUUUCUUAAUCAAAUAUUUAGUACGAUGUACACAAUACAAUAAUAAUCAACACCUAAUGAUUUAUUACACCCUCCAAAAUAACCAACUUUGAACUUUCUAGUCCACCAUGAAACCACCACAACUUCUCUCAUAUCUUCUCUCUCUCCUCUUCGUUCUUCUUCCCUCCCAUUCUCUCUCCUCUUCGCCACCUCCGGCCACCGUCUGCAUCAUUGGAAGCGGAAUCUCCGGCGCAUCAGUCUCCCAUUUCCUCCGCAAAUACUCGCCGGAACCCUCGCCAAUCGCCGCCAUUCAUGUCUUCGAGAAAAACUCCGUCGUCGGAGGUCGUAUGGCUACGAUCACAAUUGCUAACAAUACCUUCGAAGCUGGUGCCUCAAUUCUCCACCCUAAGAAUUACCAUGCCUUGAAAUUUACUGAGUUUCUUCAGUUGAAGAAGAAGGUUUCCGAAGAUGAUGAUAGCGAGUCUUUAGGGAUUUGGGAUGGGGAGAAGUUUGUGUUUACGACGUGGAGUUCGAAUUGGGGGUUUUCGAUUGUUAAUAAGGUUGUUUCGUGGCUUAAUUCGUGUAAGCUUUUGUGGCGUUAUGGAUUUUCGUUGUUCAAAAUGCAGAAUUACGUUGAGAGUAUGCUAGAUAAUUUCUUGAAGUUCUAUGAGGGUUUUGAUACAAGGCCUGUCUUUAAUGGUGUGGAGGAAAUGCUCAAAUGGUCAGGUUUAUAUAAUCUCACCAGCCGAACAUUGGAGGAGGAAUUAAUCGAUGCAAACCUCUCUCCUUUACUUAUUAACGAGCUUGUCACGGUUAUCACACGGAUCAAUUACGGUCAAAGUACCCGCAUGAGUGGAUUGGCAGGGGCAGUUUCCUUAGCAGGUUCAGGUGGUGGGUUGUGGGCAGUUGAAGGUGGCAAUUGGCAAAUGGCUGCAGGACUUAUUAAUAGUUCAGAUGUCAAAUUGCAUCUAAAUGAAGAGAUACAGUCUGUCUCCCAUGUUGGAACUCAUUAUGAACUUAACUCGACCAAAGGAAACAGUUAUGUCUGUCAAGUCACAGUUUUUGCUACACCACUAGAUGAACUAAAAGUUAAGAUUGAGCCACCAAUAUCAAUUCCUGAUAGAAAGAUGCAGCACACUCACACUACCUUUAUCAGGGGCUUGUUAAAUCCUGCAUAUAUUGGCCUGGGAAGAGUUGGUGAUAUUCCGGACCUGGUUGGUACCCUUGAGGAUUCCAAGAUUCCUUUUUCAUGUAUAUCUGUUCUGAAGAAGCACAGCAGGGAAGAUAUGACGUACAAGAUGUUCUCACGCAAACCUGUGGAUGAUGCAUUGCUUGAUCAAAUAUUCAGCAUCAGGAAAGAGACCAUUCAAAUAGAUUGGGCUGCAUAUCCUCACUAUGAGGCUCCAGAGGCAUUUGCACCCUUUAUUUUGGAUGAUUUACAUCUGUAUUAUGUAAAUGCUUUUGAGAGUGCGGCUAGUGCAAUGGAAACUGGUGCAGUUUCUGGUGAGAAUAUAGCACGUUUAAUCUUAUCAAGAAUUUCUACUGAAGCACUCUCAAGGUUACCUACCAUGAAGGGCACCACUUUCAGCAGUAGCAGGGAUGAUCUGUACUCCGAUUUGUAGUCUGAUGCAUCAUGUUAUGAAGGAUUGUGAGUUUAUAACUCAUUGCACAUGUGUAACAAUAUCAUUAAACUUAUCUGUAUCUUGUGUGUCAAAAAUAUCUAUGUUACAUGGACUCGGGUACUCAUGUCCGACAUGGGUAUAUGUCCAAGUGUCCAACUUGGCUAUUUUGUGAAAAAAAUCCAUGGUUUUGAACCGAAAGUGAAGUGCCCAUGUGUUAUACCCAUAUCCGAGUGUUGAGGGUCCAAAAGGGGUAUUUGAGGUGAAAUGAAGAGUUCAUGUAACAUAGCAAAUAUGUAUGACUUACAUGAUGUUUAAUUUUCUCUUUGCCACUUUGGUAUACAAAUAAGACUUUGGCGAUGCA